AGAGAGAGAGAGAGAGAGAACUUGCUUAGGCGUCAAGCGGUGGCAACCGACCAUUUUACAGGAGGAGGAGACACAUUAGCUGACACUAUCAAGGCAACGGUGCCCUACGUGUGUUACCCAAAACUUGAUUUGCGUCGCAGGGGGUGGAGGAGAGCUGGCGACGCGGCGACAUUGCGCGUUCUUCUUUUACUUCGCAGAAGAGCUUCUGUGGCGUGAAACAACAAAGCCACGUGUGAAGGCAAACGCAACACACUUUUACUCUCCAUAUUUGUUUUUUCCCGGGAGAUAUUGUUGUUCAGUUAUUUCUUUUGGCGGGAAAAAAAAAGCACUUUCAGUUAGUUAACUCGUGAGCUAUUUCUCCUUUGAAUAGUGUAAUAAUCGAAUUCGAAAGUUUUGAAAUCCAUUGAGAUCGUUGGCUGCAACAGUUAAUUCUGAAUUCUGGGAACUACUACCUCGAUUUAUCCUUAUUCGGUGCGGUUAGUUUUAUGAUCAAGAACUCAAUAUCAAUGUCUUUUGCCGCUGAGUUAAAAUUCUGAAUUUUGGGAACUACUCGACUUAUCAUCAUUCGGUGGGGUUGGUUUUAUGUUUCUUAGAAUUCAAUAUCUUAAUAUCAAGAAUUCAUGAAAGCCCAUUUGUUUAAUUUUACGUAUUGUCUUGGCGUGCUUUUACAUGACCCACCACAGUGUCCAAAGUCUACAAGUGUGAGCCAAUAAGGACUGGAUAACGAUUAUCUGUUCCUGAUCGUGUCACCUGUCACGAUGAAGAUGCUAAUUGCCGCAGUCCCAUACUUCCUUACUAAUCUAUUUAUGCGCGAGGUGUUACUCGAAUUCAGAAGAGUGAUAUGUUCGUGAGUUCUGCAGAUUCUGGAAUUCUGGCGUUCGUUUUUGAAACACUUUAACGGGGAUAAGAUGGAGCAGAACCAGGGUCGAUAGCCAAUGCUGUGGAUUCUGCAAAAGAAGACUAUGUGGAAACCUUCUUUCCUGUGAAUUCACUGAACAACUUAUGUAUCCUUGAAGAUAGAAUACCACCAUGCAGAGAUUAGACAGAUCUGUUAUCUCCCUUCCAUGUCAUGUAUGAUCCUUUCUGUUUGUAUUCUGCUUAUUAAUGCACACAAAAAUUCUGGAAUAUUGGUUUUUUUACUUUGGUCCAUGACCUUGACAUUGGACCUUGAAUCUACAUCAUGAUACUUUGAUAUGAAUGAUAUGUGCUCCUUCCGUGGUUGUGUACUCCAAGCCUCUUCACAGGUUUACUGUGAUGCUGUGAGGCCCACUAGUUUUCAUUCUGAAAAUCUUUCCUUUUGCUCAUCAAUGGAGGAUUUAGUUGCUUGUCUUUGGACCUUGGCUUCAGAUAUAAGCCACCGAUUCAUUCACUUUAUAGAGUAUCUCGUGUUCAGAGAUGGGUAUGGAUGCUCACUUGAUGCAACAAUCUCAUCUUCUGGGCGGUAUUCAAGAUCUUCAGGGAGCGGCAUUUUAGAAUCAAUUUUCCAUGAUUGUCCAAGACCUUCUGAGCCUUCUGAGACUGGUACAAGCGUCCGAAAUUAUGAAAGAAGGGUGUCAGACUUAGAAGAACACUUGCCUGUAAAUUGUGUUGAAGUUGUAGAAACCAACCACAGCUUUUGGACUGUCCCUUCUUUUUUCCAAGGGUUUAUGCAUUCAUUAUUUGAUCUCAGACUAGCCUGGAGAUUGGCCUUGACUUGUUGGAGAAGUCCCUUCCUUCAUAUUAGACAUGUUCAAAUUCGAGUCCAUAGUUUAAUAUCUCGACUGCAGAGGACGCUACAUGGAUCUUCCAGUGAUAUUGGAUGGCUGCAAAGGGUUCCCGGAGUACCACUUGUUAAGGAUGGUACAACCAGAUUCAUGGAACUGCUUGAAGGCAUAAGAAAUGGCGAGCACACUCUACCUAACUCAUUUGUAUAUUUGCUUAUUCCAGGUCUGUUUAGCAACCAUAGUCCCUUGUAUUUUGUGAGCACAAAAAGGUUUUUCUCGAAGAUGGGUCUUGCUUGUCAUAUUGCAAAGAUUCAUAGUGAGGCAUCAGUUGAGCACAAUGCCUGGGAACUGAAGCAAUACAUCGAAGAACUUUAUUGGGGGUCUGGGAAGCGCAUUUUACUGCUUGGGCACAGUAAGGGUGGGGUAGAUGCUGCUGCUGCUUUGUCAAUUUAUUGGUCUGCCUUGGAGGACAAAGUUGCUGGUUUGGCACUGGUACAAUGUCCAUAUGGAGGCACCCCAAUUGCUUCUGAUAUUCUUCGAGAAGGACAGAUUGCUGACAAGGAAGUGAGGAGGACCAUGGAGCUCUUGCUCUGCAAGCUGAUCAAGGGUGAUAUUCGGGCAUUAGAGGAUAUCACAUAUGAGAAGCGGAAAGACUUCAUCAUGAAGUACAAGCUACCAGAAAAUGUCCCCCUUGUCUCCUUCCACUCCGAAGCAAGUGUGGCCCCAGGAGUCAUUGCCAUGAUGUAUCAAAUAGGGCAUGCGGAGCUUCCACGGUUUCCCUUUACAAGCUUUGGUGGUGGUGAGUCUAAUUUUGUCCAAGUGAGCCGCAAGGUGCCUGUGGUAAUCCCUCUUGCUGCUGCCAUGGCUGUGUGCGCUCUGCACUUACGACUUCGAUACGGAGAGAGGAGUGAUGGAUUAGUGACCCGCUGUGAUGCUGAAGUUCCAGGAUCUGUUGUUGUCCGACCAGACAGGAAGCUCAACCAUGCCUGGAUGGUUUACUCUUCACAGAAGAAAGAUCCUUGUGAGCCUGAUGCUCGAGAAAUAUGUGAGGCUUUAUUGACUUUGCUUGUGGAGAUUGGAAAGAUGAAGAAAAAUCUUAAGAGGACAAUACCAUUUAGGUUGGCAGCAUAAUCAUGACAGAGAUACUGUAUGGCUGCUCAAAAUGAACGGGAACUAUUCCAUUCUCAAGAUUAGUGUUGGUUUGUGUGCGGACAUGACAUUUGGGAGAAGCAAUUGGCUGAAAUAUGAACAGUUUGAAUUAUGCAGACGCUUAGCAAGACACAGCAGUAGCUUGUCUAGUCAACAAUCAGAGUCAAACAAUCAAAGCAUGUUUCUUCAUGCUCAAGAAGCUUCUAAUUCUGAUACACCAAAACUGUGUUCCAUUGAUAUUGGUGUAAAUUCAUGUUUUGUAUUUGGCUGUCUAGAAUUCACCUGCAGCUGUGGCAAUGAGGAUUUCAAUCUGUUUGAAUUCUUAAUGCAAGGGAUUUUUCUCUACGUCUGGAUAAAUACCUGGAUUUGUUUGUUAAUUGA